UAUAUUGAUGAAUGUAUAAAUACAGAGAAAACUGCUGUUCAGGUACACAGCUUCUAUAACAGUUGGAAGAUAUUACUCGGAAGCCAGUACAUGCAUCAAGAUGAAUCCAACCUUCUUAGUGUUUGCACUAUCUGUGAGAUUUGUCACCGCUCAAGAUAGUUUCUGCAUUCCGGUCGUCAAAAUGCAGGCCAGCAACAACAGUGCAUCAUCUGGUGGAAAGGAAUAUGUCACAAAAGAACAUUUCGAUGAUUUAGUGAGACAGCUGUUUGUUAAUAUAUCCGGUACUAUCAGUGAAUACAAGUACGAGAGUGAACAAGCUGGAAAGAACUACGCCACGAAAGAAGAUAUUAAGGAGAUGAUGAGGCAGCUGUAUGUUAACAUAUCAACUGAAAUAAAUCAAAAGAGAUGUGAAGACUCUACUAAAAGUCAUACAACUUAUACGAAACCUCGUGACUGUCAGGAUAUCCAAACUGAAGGUAAUUUGACAACCGGUACUUAUACAAUAUACCCAGGUAAAAACACUGAUGGAAUCUUGGUAAGGUGUGACAUGAACACAACAACCGGGGGAUGGACAGUUAUACAACGACGCACUUCGAACACAGACUUUUAUAAAACAUGGAAUGAAUACGAAGAAGGAUUUGGUAACAUUAAGGACAAUUUCUGGCUCGGUAACCGUCAUAUUUAUGAAAUAACUAAUCAGGGUCAAUACAAACUGCGUGUUGAUCUCACAAGUAUGGAAGGCGAGACGGCCUACGCAGAGUAUCGUGAAUUUUCUGUUGGUGAUGCCAAUUCAGGCUACAAGCUGUUUGUUGCCGGGUACAAUGGAACUGCUGGAGACAGUCUGACAGGAAGCGGAAAUGGAAAUAAAUUUUCUACACACGACAGAGAUAAUGACGUCUAUGGUGGAAACUGCGCAGUGGCGUAUCACGGCGGGUGGUGGUACGAUAAAUGUCAUUCGUCCAAUCUCAACGGACAGUAUGGAUAUACAGGAUAUGCUAAAGGUCCAGUCUGGCGGCCAUGGAAAGGAUACUAUGCUCCAAUGAAAACUACGGAGAUGAAAGUACGAAGAAUUUAACAGCAACCAUGUAAAAAUAAUAUAUUUUUGACUGAACCUUACUUUUCAAAACGAAACACAAUUACAGAUCUUUAUACAGACUUUUAUUUUUUCCUAAACAAAUUUGAUUAAUUUCAAUUUACCGACGUAAUGUUUCUUUUAUCCUACAUUCUGAUUUAAAAUCAUUUUUAAUUUAACUUACCCACAAAAGAAGUGCUUACAAACUAGUUUUAAAUACAUGUAGUCGUACUUGUCUAUAACAGCAGUUUAAUACGUCAAAGUAAUACGUUACUGAAGUAUGUUGUCAAUAUACAUCCGUCUUUGCCUUUUAAAAACAGCUCUUAAAUUCUUAAUACAUGUAAUAUUAUAAUGUUAUUAAUCAAGCAAUUUCAUAUUGGCCUUGUUAUUUGUCCAAUACGACUGCCCGAGGACAAAUAACUAGGCCAAUAUGAAAUCGCUUGAUUAAUGAUAAUAUUAUUAUUCAACUUUCAACUGUUGGCGGUAACAGUAUAAGAACUCUGUGAGUUACCUUAUGACAGCUAUGCACGUUCAGGUGAAAAAUCGUGUCAUUCUUUGACAAGGUGUUUACAGUUUAGACGUAUUUUAGAAAUCAUGAUCAUUUUCGCCAGUAAAACAGAAUGAGUUGUAUGUAGGUACUUGAGAAUAAUUUUGAAAGAUACUUUUAAUGUGACAAAAUCAAGAGUAACUAGAACAUACCUUAUUUUUUGGAAUUCCUAUUUAUUUUCUUUAGCGAGUACCAUACCAUUUGAACUGUGAUAAAAACUGCUUUAAAAGUCGUUUCCUUUUAGGCUGCAAGCAACGAGACACAAAAUUAUACACAUAUGUGUUGAUCAAGAUAAUACAACCAAUCAAGCACAUAUUAUAUAGUCCCAUGCCUCGUUUCAUUCUUAUCCGAAAUUGUUUGCAGUUCACAACUGACACUCUUGUUCGCCAAUUUAUUCAUCCACUUUCCAGCACUUGAAUCGCUAUUUAUCAUUGCACAAAUAGUCCACACUAUCAAAAUGUCUGUUAAAGAUAAGUCUCAUCCUUUUAAUUAAUCUGAGUUUCCAUAUUUUCUUAUUAUUUUCCUUGACAACUGCUAGAAUUUCUGACAGGAAACACUUGCAUUUUACACAAUACCGAAUAAGCGAAAGUACCGUUGUAAUCUCCGAAGACGUACAUCCUGCUCAGUCAUACUUGUUUAUUAAAUGAACAUGUUGGAUGACUUUUUUUUAUCAAAAUGUGAAAAAAAAUGUAAUCUAUAACUCUGAUGUAAAACAAAAUGGCGUCAUUUAAAAAUCAAACGGAAGUGGCUUCUCCGUAUUGGCCCUCUCUUUUGAACCAAUCAAAAUGCUUGAAUUCCGUAUUGGCCCUGUUUUUUCGUAUUGGCCCUGUUUUUCUCAUAUUGGCUCAGUUAUGUUUUGUAUUAGCUCUGUCUGUUUCAUAUGAUGUUUGCAAUUGAUCUAAUACAGUGUGUAAUAUUGUAAAGUUGAAUAAUAAUAAACAAUAUUUAGAAAUUGCAAAUUUAUUACAUGUUCAAAUGAAAGACCUGAAUAUAUCGUUGCAUUUCCAAGCGAAGUAUUAUCCAAAGUUCAGUUGCAAUUGGGUACCCAUCCUCGACAAUUAAACGGAAGGCCUGGUUUUAAUUGAUACAGUCCAUAACACCAGUGGAUUCAGGAAAUAGAUAACCGUUUCCUCGACUAUCUGAAUUCAGUAAGGACUGUUUAAGACCAAAUAGAAAGUGAUAUUUAGUGUUACAUGUGAAUCCAAAAGUUGAAAAAAGAUAUGGUAUAAAGCGUCAAAUAAGUGUAUUUUAAUCUUAGCUUUAUUGCUUAUGGUAGUGAGAAAAUACCUAGACAGCUUCCGGGUUUCAGUUUAUUCAUUGAGAAAAUGUCUACAUACACGCAUUUUUUAAGCGAUUUCGUUAUAAAAAAAAAUGUCUUUUGGUAAAUGCAACUACAUUGCGUGGGGUCUAGCACACCUAUUAAAGUCAUAAGUGUGUACGUAUGUGCGAAGAAAUAAAACUGUUUCUAUGUGUACUUUCCAUACAGAACAAACUACUUUGUUUUUUAUUAUUUUCAGAAUAUUCGAUAGAAGAGAUACUGUAAUGAUUUUUUUUAUAAUUUAUUCCAACAGUUAUUCGAACAUAUAUGAAAUUCAUAUACCUUUUCACCGAUUUCAUCGAGCCCAGCUCCAAAACAUUUCUCUCUCGACUUUUUCAGUUACUUAGUAUCUUCUUUUAUUAUUUACGAUCAGGUGUAGAUCUUAGAAAAGGUCAAAUUCGCAUAUUUAUUGUUUGAGCCACCUUUUCCCUAAGAAAUUUUUCCUCUUAUUUGAACUUUAAAGUUUUUUUAACGAACCUCAAGGUUAUUACAUGUAAUAAGAACAUUUAAAUAUGCAAAAUAUUUAACUUAACGUCUAAAACAAGUUUGACUGGGUAAUUUAAACUACAUAUUUCAGUUAUUUUGGACACAUAAAGUUUUAAAUUAUCAUUUUUGACUUUAAUAAUUGAUGGAUUGUUUUUAAAAUUUCAAGUGAGUUAGAAUAAAAAUAGUAUCAUUUUAA